AUGUUCACUUCGUUGCAAAUUUUCGGUAUUACUCUAGUACUUGUAAUUGCCUGUGUCUUAUGCAGUAACGAUGUCAAGGAUGCAGGCAGAGGUGCUCACAGCGACCGGGGAGGACUGUGGUUCGGUCCCCGUUUAGGAAAAAGGUCUCUAGCAUCCGAAAAUAAAAAGCAAGCUUUUCUGAAAGUACUGGAAGCUGCCGACGCUCUCAGAUAUUACGAUGAACAAUACCCCCGCGAACUACAAGGUGUUGACCCCGAAACCAGUGUUACAAAAAAGGUUAUCUUUACCCCAAAGCUUGGAAGGAAUAUAAUUGAUGAAGAGGAGGUUGAGAGAGAAGAUUUUACCCCAAGGCUAGGCAGACAGGUCGUCGACGAGAUGCCGGCUACCCCCACCGAUCAACAGUUGUACGGAGUUGACCAGAACACUAUUGAAAGCAGGGCAAAGUAUUUCUCCCCGCGGCUUGGAAGAUCUAUGAACUUUUCUCCACGUUUGGGCAGGGAGCUUGCUUACGAAAUGCUGCCACGAAAAAUAAGAUUAGUGAGGAGCAUAAACAAAACGCACUCAACGUAAUUUCGGAGGGAAAAUUAAACGCUAGUGUUGCCAUUUAUAUUUUUAAAUGUAUACAUUAAUUUUGGACGAAAUAACUGAUUGUUUAUAAUAUAAAUAUUUAAGAAUAUAGUCGGUGUAUAAAUAAAUGA